UUGAAAGAGUCAAGAUGGAGAAACUGGGAAUUCAAUGUGAUUUGGUGACACAAGGUAUGUAUAAUUACGUUGCAAUUGUCUAUAAUUAUAUUAGUAAUACAAUUAUGUAAAGUCCGUGCAUUUAUAUACAUUUCUAGAAAGAGUCAUACACAACGCAUAUAUCUCAGUUGCUGCAUGUAUAAAUAGUUAAUAGAAUAGAUGGUUUCGAAACUAAUCAGAAUAACAACAUAACUCAUGAUCUAUGUUAGUCAACGUUUAUUUCAUAAACAUGGUCCUUCACUUUCACGUGUGUAUUGUAUUCUUGUCAAAUCCACAAAAUUAGUAGCAAUGUCAAUUUGCCCAAUUAUUUGAGUCACGGAUAUACGUAACUUUCCUAAGACGUUGCUUUUGGUUAGUUGAGCAAAAAUACAAUAAGCACGUGACAGUGAACGACCAGAUUUAUGAACAAACGUUUACUAACAUAUCUAUUCUAUUAACAAUAGUGUAUAAAGUACUAAAGAGCCAAGUCUAUAAUAUAUGGAGAGUUUGGAGAGACUGGCGCUCUCAUACACAAUUUUUCAGAAAUUCGGUUAUCAGGUCUAGUUCAGAAGACCAAUUUAUAAAAACUAACCUCUAAUUGCUAAAGGUUUUAAGAAUCUUUCAACAAUAAUGAAACUAUUGUGUUCCUUUAAAUAGCGCACAGUUAUUUUUGACUAUUGCGAGCGGUCAGGCAAUUAUAUACUAAAUAUUUUAUUUCAUAUAUCAUAAAAUGGAAAGUGCCAUUCCUCUAAUUAGUUGAAAGUUUAUCGCUAUAUAUGAUCAAACGGGAAUGAGGGUUGCGCAUUGUUGCACGGAAUAUUUCAAACUCUGGAUUAAUAAAAUAAGAAUUUGAUAAGUGUUCCAAUAAUUUUUCAUUCACUUAGAUACAAUACAUGAUUGGGUUAGGAAAGCGGCUGACCAAUAUCACGUGACUGCCAACUCUCAUGCUUUCUCGUCCUCGUUUGAUCCGGCCUAAAGGGUUAGCAGAUUUAAAACAAAAGACAAAAUAUCAAAGAAACAUUUAAGAAAGCAGCCAGGAAUAUUUUGAAACAUCUUAACACAUAUUGAUGAAAAAAAAAGAAAAGAUUUCUUCAAAUAUAAAAAAGGACAGAUCAUUAUUUCGACGAAUUGAACGCGCACAGGAACACAUGUCUUUUUUAUCUUUCAUGUAAGACAAAUGGUUAUGUAAUCACUACAAAAGAAGGUGCUUGGCGAAAUUCGAAUGCUGCAAUAAAUACUGGCCUUGCCACUGUUGCCAUAAUAAGGACAGUAAAUGUAGACGUAGUGAGCUGAGAUCACGUGAUACAUCAAUGGUCAAGUGUGUCGAAUGCGGGAAAGAACAACAGGUAAACAAGAUGUAAGAGUUGCUUGCAGAAUUUUUAUUCUUUUAAUACAACACUGUUGUAGAAAUUCUCUAAACAGAAUCAUUGAAUAAAGAGAAAAAAGUUUUUUGAAUUGUAAAUAUGCAGGAACUAAAAUACCUUGUAGAAUUUCUCUAAACAGAAUCAUUGAAUAAAGAGAAAAAAGUUUUUUGAGUUGUAAAUAUGCAGGAACUAAAAUACCUUUAAUUCUUCUAUGUUAGCUAAAUAAUUAAAUACUCAUAUCCUGCAAAUUUUAUUGCAAACAAAUAAAAGGUAGUAUUUUGGGGAUUUUUAUCGGCUAUAUGGAUUUUUGGACGACUUCCUAAGUUUCGAUCUUUUUCGCAUUAUCUCUAGUUUGGAAAAAAUGGUCGGUUUUGUGUUGCAUGUAACACUCAAUUCGCAGAUUACUACUGUGGUCUGUGCAAACAUCUUAUUGGAAAUGAUAAUCACCCCUAUCAUUGCGAUAAAUGUGGAAUUUGCAGGUACGAAUUUAACGUAAAAUUAAACAGCGCACGCUUUUUAUGAAAAGUGUAGGAAAAAACAGAAAAUGUAGCGAUUAUUUUUACUGUACAAUCUUAUCAAACGUUUAAUUUCCAGGUUUCAUGGUUAUCGCUCGUUUCAUUGUGAUGUAUGUGGUAUUUGUCUUGAUGUUCAACUUCGUGGAAAUCAUAAAUGUCUUCCUGAUUCCGCCCAUGAUGAAUGUAGCAUCUGUUUGAAGGUAAAUCAUUAAAGUAGUAGUGGAUGAGGUCUUAUUGAUAUCCAGAAUUAUCAACUGAAGGAACUGCAUUUUCAUUAAUUAAUAACACUUUCGCGAAAUGAAACAAUGAUUUGUCGUGCAAAACAACGAUUGGUUCUUAUAAAUAACUGUGAAAACGACUUUAAAUUAAUAUGAUAACAUAAAUAUUUUAGAAAUCUCGUUUACCUACUAUAAAGUUACGAUAAUAAUGCAAGGAAGGUCUGCUUUUUGCUCGAAAGACAUUUACAAAAACGCCGUUCUUUCAAGUUGUUUUUCCUGUUUUUAUUUCUGAAUUUAAAAUUACCUUUUGCUAUAAAAUUACAUUCAGCGGAUUCAACCAACACAUAACUAAGUUAUGUGUAUGUAGGUUGCGUGACUUCCAUAUUUAGCUGCAAGCUACUUAGCAAUCAAGAGACACCUAUUGACUACAAUAUAUAAAAAUUAACACGCAUAAAUUAGACGUCGACGUUUCAAGUUCUUUGACGCAAUUUUGUGGUCGGUUUAAUCCAGUAAUCCCCCAGCGUCCUUGUGAAAUGCUUUUAAAAUUAUAAUUCGUUUUUGAUUUUCUGCAGGACUUAUUCAUAGGCUGCAAGAUUCUACCAUGUUUCCACAAAGUUCACAAAGAUUGCGUCACUCGGAUGAUUCGGAAUGGAAUGUGA